AUGUCUAGGGAUAUAUCUGCUCUGGUUGCUGUUGCUGCUGCUGGUGCUGCUGCAACAACAAGCCACUGCCCAGCUGUACUACUGCCUCAGCCAUCAUCUCCUUUGGCAUUCUUGACCUCAGAGGCGCAGCAGCAGGAGCAUUCGCUUAAACGGCAGUACACCCACAAUCCGCAGACUGGGAAAUGCGUUGCAGUCCCCAAUGUGAAACUCCCCAAGGCUUCCAGUGACAGUGGCAUGGAUGUCAGUCUGUCCUUGGCAAAAGUGGUGCAGACCGCUGCUUUGACUAUCACUGAACCCCCUAGAGAGGCUUUGUUUCCGCCUCCCUCCACUCUCCCGACAGCCGACUGCAGCAGCAGAAGCAGCAAUCCACUACCAGGCACGAUUUCACAGGGCUGCUGCCCCCCCACUGCAUCUGGAGCCACAGCCGAGGCGCUUGUUUCACAGGUUGCAGUGCCUUCUUCGGCAUGUGUUGCUGCUCUUUUAGCAGACUGCUCAACUGCACGAGCCGCUGCAGCAGCGAUGCUGUUAGGAGCUUGUGACGUGGCAGCUCCAACGAAAUUCGAAGCCUUGCCGCGCGUUGUGGCUGCAAUUGCACAAGGAGGAGCAGGAGCGAUCCUGCACAUGCCUGCUUCCAACUCAGCGACACCUGUGUCAACAGCACACGUGCGUGGACUGGGGGAUUCAAGGGGAGCCAAAGAAACGCAAAGGCUACCAGAUUCUGCAAGUACAGAUGCAGAUGCAGCUGCGCCUCUUCCGGUCUCCUCUGCGUUGUCUGAAACGGCUGUAUCCUCAGCAGCCAUGCUGCUAGCACCUACUGACACUGCAGCCACAGAGGCAAGAUCUACAGCCCCCACAGCGCAGUCAGCAGCAGCUGCAUCUCCUGCAACGGCAUCACUUUCUACUGCAGCAGCUGCAGCAGCAGCGCACAGUGAGGCACCUGUAAUUGCAGCAGCAACAACACCCUGUUCGCCUGCAGCAGCGCAGCAGCAGCUGUUGCAAGUCGUGCGGCAGUACUGCCUUACUCUGCAGCAGCAGCGCACAGUGAGGCACCUGUAAUUGCAGCAGCAACAACACCCUGUUCGCCUGCAGCAGCAGCAGCAGCAGCUGUUGCAAGUCGUGCGGAAUGCAGCUGUGACUAGAGCUGCAUCCGACACACCUGCUGCACAGGCAAACGUGGCAUCAGCAGCAGCACAGCUUACAAGACAAUUAGCACUUGCUUCCGCAGCAGUUUCAACCACAAGUGGUAUCGAAGCCUCUGCAACUGCAGCAGCAGCUGCUACGAGUCCUUCCCCAGCAGCACUACCCUCUCCACAGCAGUCACCUGCAGCACUUGCAACUAAGACGCCUGUUGCAGCAGCAACGACGCUGAAGAGGCCAAUAGAAUCACCAAUGACUGUAGCACCUGAAGUUUCAGCUUUUUCAGAAGCAUCUCAACGCCCCUCCGCCGCUGCACUUCCCUCCGAAAUGCGUCCGUGCGCAGCAGAAGCAGUGCUAGCUCCUAUUGCAGCAGCGAGGGAGGUCCAGCUGGAAGCCUCGAGAGAACAGUUACUGCUGCAGCAGCAGCAGAAGCAGCCUUGCAUGCCGAUACAGGGGCCUUCUCAGGAUGAUCCCUUUCGGCAGACUAAUCGGCAGCGUCGAUCGGCUGGAUCUUCUGCUGCAGAUGCCACUUUCCCAGAUGGCCUUAAAGCGGCAUCUCCACGCACAGUGUUAGCAGCCGUAGCAAUGCCACCAAAUCUGACUGCUGCUAGCCCUCCAGGUGCUGCUCCUUUUACGGUGAGAGUAGAGACCUCCACGUUGCACGAGGCGCUCGCACUCGCAGUAUCAUCGCCAGUCCUAUCAGCGUCUGACUCUGCACCUGCAACUCCCGCAUUGGCUUCCACCACGGCCCCAUCUACAUCCCGAGAUUCUGCACCUGCAGGCGUAACUUCCGCAAGAGAUUCUGCACCAGCAGGCGUAACUUCCGCAGGAGAUUCUGCACCAGCAGGCGUAACUUCCGCAGGAGAUUCUGCACCAGCAGGCGUAACUUCCGCAGGAGAUUCUUUUGCGUCCUCCUCCACGGCUGCUGCUAUUACGGCCAGUCUUGUUUGGGGGGGAAUGGCGACUCCCUCCGCCCGCCGCCCCAACUCUGGAGCAGCCGUAGCAACUGAUCUAGCACCAAGAGGGCAUCCAGAUCAAGGCCCUAUCAGCAACGCGUCUCUUCUUGAAACGCUUCUGGAAGACGAGGCUCCAGCCAUGUCGGCUGCAAAGCAGGAUCAGCAGACAGCACCUGCAGAUGCCGCUUUCGAAGGCAUACCGCCUCCUGGCUUUCCAGGCAGGCCUAAACGAACGCGAUCGGCUGCUUUCUUGUCAUCUCCUCCCGUGAGCAAGCUGCUAUCCCGAAGGGCUGCUUUUCCUCUGCAGUCGGCACCAAGACCUUCCGCUGCUGCCGCAUCCGAGGCUGCAGCCGACGCUCAAAGGCUGCUGGAAGACGCUGGCUUGCGCGUAGGAGACAGCUUAGAAGUCCGUUGGGUGCUUCUAGACGACCAGGACCCCCCAGAAAUCGCUGACGACACGCAGCAGCCACAGGAGCAGCCACAAGAGCAGCCAAAAGAGCAGCAACAAGAGCAGCAACAGGGGCGUGUUGUAUGGUGGCCAGCAGAGCUGCGGAGGGCACCUCGACGCCGCUUAGACAGAACAGGUCGUGCCGAGUAUUUGCUGCAUUAUUUUCCCUUCAGCGGAAUUCCUGGAGAAGCUACCCGUGUUGUCUUUGAGGGGCCCCACACGCUCAGGCAUUUGGGCACCCCCCUGCAGCAGCAGGAGCAGGAGCAGCAACAGGAGCAAGAGGAGCAACAGGAGCAGCAACAGCAACUCACAUUGGACGAGGAACUGCGAGAUGCUCCCCGGCUGCGCUGCAGACGCCGUGGCUCACCAUCGCCCCCAUCCACCGACUCGGAGACGGCUCAGUCGGACGCCGAAGGGGAUGGGCUCGUGUCUGUUGCCGAGAUUCUGAGAGAACAGGAACGGCUCGAUCGCGAGCAGGGGACUAGCGAGACGCCUACGGCGGAGGCAGCGCUCAUGGCGGCCUUCAAUCGACUGCCUCUGGAAACGCAAAUGAUCAUGGCUAGCAACUACCGGUCCUUUGCAGACAAGUUCGUGAGAACGGCUUCCUCCAUCUUCCCAGCUGCCUGUGUGACAGGUGCUGGCAAUUGUUUAGACCGGAUGUUGGCACUGUUUGGUGUACUUUUUUCAUUAGCAGAAGGCACUGAGGGGAAGGGGGGGGAGAGAUCAUUUGUUCCGGGGGUAGUAGGUACCUAA